UUUGCAAAAAAUUUAGUUCUGUGUCGGGUUUCUUAGACCUCCCUGGAAUAAAAUGUCGAAGACUUGCCGUCAGAAAUUCGUCAAAAUUGUUGUUUAUUUUAUGAUUUUCAGUAAUAUAGUGGGAGGAUUGUGCAGUAUAGUUACGAGGGGAAUUGCUCCAUUAAAUGGUUUAUUUUUAAUGCUGGGUUUAUUGGCGAUUGCUGGUGGACUUGUAUUGUUUGCGGGAGUUGUUAAGGGCAACGAUCGAUUUAUUCUCGUCUAUCUUAUAUUAGCAAUUAUGGUAAUUGCAUUCACAACGGUCCUUAUUUCGGUUUUAAUUAUACCAAAAGUGAAAGAAGUGAAAGGACACGUUUUUGUUAUUGUCUACUUUCUUCUAAUAAUUUGGUGGCCCAUCCUGUAUUGCGUCUAUUUAUUUUACAAAGAUCUUCUCAGUACUAAAACAACAACGUUUGAACUUCCUGUUGUUGAAAUUCAGACAAGUGGUGAGAAAUCUGACGGUGUUGUGAAUGAAGAAACGUCAGAAGGCACAUCAGUGUGAUUGAAGUGAUUUGUUAUUUUUACUUUUAUAAGCUUCUAUAACGUGUUUUGUUUACAUUCAAGACUGAAUUAUAAACUAUCUCACUAAUAUUUAUUUUCACAACCAGUAAAUCGUUGUCCAGGUAAAAAAUAACAUUUUACCAACAAAGUUUUUACAAAAAAUUAGUUUAUUAGAAAUUACGCUAGUAGAUGUGUAAAAAUAGAAAAGAUCCUUAUUCUUCGAUACGAAAAAGAAAGAGAAUCCGACUUGGCAAAAUUUCAAACCCCGUUACCACUGUUUAAAAUCAACAACAGUCAAAAAUGUGCAAAUAUUUGAGGUGUAAUUGCAGUAAAAUUUGUGUUAAUUACGGUGGAAUAAUCGAUAUUGUGACAGGAAUCAUAAUUUUCUGUUUGAAGGACUUUAUUAUUCCAUCGUUUUAUUCGGAAAUUCACAAUUAUAUUUUAAUCGGAGUUGCUUGUUUUUUAAUAUUGAAGGGAACUUUUCUAUUGCUGGUUUUAAGUUUGGGAAAACGGUUGCAAAACCUAGUUUUAUGUUAUUUGGUUGUUACCACAAUAUUUCUUUUAUUGGCAAAAAUUUAUAUAAUUUAUUGUGCUAUUCAAAAGUUCCACGAAGUUGACGACAACUACUCACAAUCACUUAAAAUACACCACAAUUACAUACUUAUCGUGACUUUUGCUCUUGUUUGUCCCACAAUAUUGAUGCUAAUGUGGCACAUCCAACUCUAUUUGUACCUGUUUUAUCGAUCAUUAUCUCGAAGGUAGUCGAAUUUUGGCGCGAUGUUUCUUAGAAAUUUGGCACAAAUUUUCUUUAGCGUCACACACUAUCACGACAGAUGUUAAAUAUUUAAAAAUAAAUUAGUGUGGCGCUGCUUACUUCGUAGUAGAACACAAUGAAUUGUUGUCACUCCAAAGUAUGGGCUUUCAUAGCUGCUGCUGUUAAUCUUCUAGUGGGAGGCUUCACUUUAGGUGGUUUUAUUUAUAAAGUAGUUGUUAUAAAAAAUGGACGAAUUGGGUUUAUCGUCAUCAUGUUUUUAAUGAGCAUUUUGCUAAUUUAUAAUGGAAUUCUGCUAAUUGUUGGGAUUGUUAUGGUGAAUAAAUAUUACGUUUUGUUAUAUAUAGUGCUAAACUGUAUGAAUUGGUUAGUACUGACUUUUGUGAUAAUUAAAGAAAUUUCUUACAACAUAGCAUUCGCCGGAUUUUUAAUACUUGUGAUUAUUAUGACGUGUUUAGAUUUCGUUGUUUACAAAUUUUAUAAGCAAAUGUGCAAAUUAGAAAUUAGUCGUAGAGACGCAGAAGCAGGCAGUAGUAUGUGUAGCAAAAACUUAUUUACAAAAUAAUUUAGAAAACUCAAUUUUUGAUAUUUUGUUUGUAGAAAAUUAUAAACUAGACACUUGUUUUUUGUGUUUUAUUAACCAACGAAUUUUAAAUAGACUCAAGUAGUUUAAAAAUAGCUUUCAGUGUAAUCGAUUCCUCAGACAAUUUUUUUUUUAUUUUUAGACACAGACUGCAGUUUAUUGAACCUUAAUAUUUGAUUUUUUUAAACUUGUAAAUGAAUUUUUUUAUGCGGCGAAAACAGUGAGCGACCUCUUCAGCAAACAACAUGAACUGUUCCUUUUUCAGCAUAUUUUUACCCUAAAAUUAGGAACAAGAUUGUAAUGAUUAACAUUGAAGCCACAGUUUCGCGUUUAAGGGUGUGUGCUUUUAUUUUGGUAUUCAUAACACCGAUUGCAGGAGCGUUAUUGCUCAUGGUGUCACUUAUCCAAAUUUUAUUACAUUUGAAAAGUGGAUUAUUUUUCUUCGAUAUUUACCAACUCACAGUUCCUCUUACUAUUGGUGUAAUUCUCAUAAUUAGUGGAUUGUUAUUACUUCUUGGUCUUAUUCAGGUAUUUUUUUAUGAUUAUUUUUUAAAACAUAUUUUUUUUUAUUUCAGGAAAAAGCAACCUGGAUUUUUAUUUAUCUGACUGCAAGUAGUCCAAGUUUGGUUUAUUUAAUGUGUGAAGCCGUUUCGAUGCAAUUUUUAGAUAUUCAUUUUAAAAUUCCGAUGGUCAUUGUGGUGGGUUUUUUACUGUGUGACCAAUUUUGUGUAAUUAUAUUUUUUGUGAUUAUGAUUAGGAGAAAACGAACUGAAAGCGUGGAACAACUAGUGGUAUAUUACAAAUAUGGAUAUUUAAAUAGCACGUUUUCUAGUAGUUUUUCGUUAAGUGAUAUUAGUGUUUAAAAAUAAAUAGUUUUUGGAAUAUUUGGGGUUUGUCAGUUUUGGUGGAUGCGCCGGGUAAAAUUUUUAACUCGAUUUUUUUAUUCCGAAAAUCGAUAAACAACAGUUGCCAGAAAGAGAUGACUGAAAUUAUUGGACAAAGCUUCCAAAGCGCCAAGAAGUCUGGCGUCUCAUCCCACCCAAUGAGAUCUCUCAGUUUGACUCUUCCCCUGUACCAAAAUGCCGAAACAUUUUUGUGUUUGUAUUAGUUUGAAAACUGGGGCUAUAAUUAUGUCUUUUUUGAACCUCUUAGAAGGGGCUGUGUUAGCCGUGUCGGCAAUAAUCGAACUUUCAGACCUGGAAGCCAAAGAAAAAUUGGAUUCCAUGAGUGGGAAAGUAAACAUUCUUGAAAAAAUUUGCAACAAAACUGACUUUUGUAAUUCCACGACUUUACAUCAUAAAUAUGGAAAUGAAGUGUCAGGACUUGAGGGGCAUGUAACUUUAUUUUCAGUGUGUUUUGCAGUCGGGUUACUGUCGAUGUUUAAUGGAAUUUUGCUUUUAGUCGGGAUUAUCAAGGCAAAGGAGAAAUACGUUUUGUUGUAUUUAUUACUAGGUUCUGUAACUUUGUUUAUCAUAAUUAUUUAUACUGGAAUUUAUAUGUUUCGCAAUGGAGUGCUUUUUCUCUUGUUUUGUUUUUCAGUUUUUAUGUGUUAUGGACAAGUAUUUAUGUACUAUUUCUACGAAGAAGUCGCCGAAUAUAAUACAGUUAAAUCAGGAGUUAUUGAAAUAUCGUAUAAUGCUGAUCCUAAAAGUUACGACAAUUCUGCUGUUCUUGCAGAUGGCAUAAUUGAUAAUACGGCUGUUUAAUCAGGUUAUUUUUACCCUAAAUCACUUUUUUGUUGUUGCAAUACAAAGGUUAUGUGAUCAAAAUGGUUAAAUACUAAAUUUGACACUUUAUUUUUGCUUUCAAAUCCGUAGGGUAGAUAAAAUGUUUCAGCAAAUUUAGAGAAAUGUAUCAAUAAUUGUUUGAUUAAAACAUAAAA